CGCGCGGCAACGCCGCUAUAUAACACGCCACCCUUUCCAGUUCUUUUUCCACCUUACUGUAUCAGUAGUUUCUUUCUCCUUUUCCUCUCUUAUCUGCUGCUACACUUUAAUGGCGGAUUCCACCGAAGCCACCGUCGAGGCUCCUGGAAGUUCUUCCACGCCGGAAAGUUCUUCCGUGCCAGAAAGUUCUGCUGCGUCGGAAAGCUGCUCUGCGCCGGAAAUCAAACCGGCGGAGGUCAAGCGAUCUUGGGGCGACGAAGUUGAUGAAGAAUUCACCAUCGACCAGCUUUCUAUCAAAGAAAGCAAGGACCUAGACGAGCCUGAGGAUUCCAACAUUAAAGCGGUUAUAACGGGAGAUACACCAUAUACAUCGGCCAAGAAGUUCGAGGAUUUGAAUUUGUCUGAGGAAUUAACCAAGGGUUUGUAUGUCGAGAUGCGGUUUGAAAGGCCGAGUAAGGUUCAAUCCGUUACUUUGCCUAUGAUUUUGACACCGCCGUAUCGAAAUUUGAUCGCUCAAGCUCAUAAUGGAUCUGGGAAAACCACCUGCUUUGUUUUGGGGAUGUUGAGUCGUGUUGAUCCCAAACAACAAGCUCCUCAAGCUCUAUGCAUUUGCCCCACCAGAGAACUGGCUAUUCAGAACUUGGAGGUGCUGAAGAAGAUGGGGAAAUAUACCGGAAUUAGUGCAGAAAGAGCAGUCCCAGAAAAUUUGGACAAUCCAGCUCAUACUCCAAUAAGUAAGCGUCCUCCGGUUACAUCCCAAGUGAUUAUUGGGACGCCUGGUACUAUUAAAAAGUGGAUGUCAUUUAGGAAAUUGUCUAUGUCAUCUAUGAAGAUCCUGGUAUUUGAUGAAGCAGAUCAUAUGUUAGCUGAGGGUGGGUUCAAGGAUGAUUCCCUUAGAAUUAUGAACGAUAUCAAGAGAAGUGCUCCUAGUUGCCAGGUGUUGCUAUUUUCUGCCACCUUUAGUGAAAGGGUGAAGGCUUUUGUUAAGUCUGCAAUUCAAGAUUACAAUCAGCUUUUUGUCAAGAAGGAAGAAUUGUCUCUGCAGUCAGUGAAGCAGUUUAAGGUUCGCUGCCCUGGUGAGCUGGAAAAAGUUCAAGUUGUCCGAGAGAAAAUAUUAGAGUUGUGUCAAAAGGUUGGCCAGACCAUUAUAUUUGUACGCACAAGAAACAGCGCAAGUUAUCUUCAUAAGGCGCUUGUGGAUUUAGGUUAUGAAGUAACUACCAUUCAAGGUGCUCUUACCCAUGAUGACAGAGAUAAAAUUGUGAAAGAGUUCAAAGAUGGGUUGACUAAAGUACUUAUAUCAACUGAUGUUCUUGCUAGAGGCUUUGACCAAUCCCAGGUCAACUUGGUGGUUAACUAUGAUCUUCCAGUGAAACAUGAUCCUAAUAAGAAAUAUGAUCCUAAUAAGGCAGAGCCUGACUGUGAGGUAUAUUUGCACAGAGUCGGACGAGCAGGACGUUUUGGGCGUAAAGGCGCUGUGUUUAAUUUGAUUUGUGAUGAUAUAGACAAUAAGGUCAUGGGGAAGAUUGAGAAUCAUUUUGGAUGUGAAGUAAUUGAGGUGCCUGACUACAGGAACGAUGAAGACUUUGAAAAAGCACUGAAGGAUGCUGGUUUACUUUGAGGGUUUUUUUUGUUGUUCUGAAGGAUGCUGGUUUUGUUUUUACCAUUAUUUUGUCUGUUCUUAAUGAAGCUCUUUAGGUUUUUUUUGUUAAAUAGAGUGAUCUCAGUCGGUGUUCUUAAUUUUGAGAGGGCAUAGGGAGGUUACGUCUUGAAUGCAACUGAGAAUAGCCUGUCUAUGACGAAGCAAAGUGAAAAAGCUCUAUUUUAAUAUUUUGCUUGAGCUUUAGGUGUAUUGGGUUUGGGGACCUGGGAUCAUCAAGAUGGUAACCAAUUACGGAUUUACGGUAAUAUGGUACUCCGUAUUCCUUAGUCAGUUAUUGUUUAUUUUUCUAAAUAGUAAGGCCAUGUAUUAAUUUUGGAUUACCAGAAAACUUACCAUACACGAGAAAAAAUUAUGAACCAGUUUGGGAUGAUGGUUCACUUGGUGGUUA